CUAAGGCUACUACUGCUGGAAGCUGGAAUAUUGUUCACGGAUCCAGCGCUCAGAUUAUAUCUUUUCCAACAAAGCAGGUCUUUGCGUCUCAGUCAAGAAGAGGCACUUGCAGAAGGAAAGAUAAGAUUCAUCCAGAGCGUCAAUAAAGAUGGGAAAUAAGGCAUCUCAUGAAAUUCAGGGGGAGCAUGUCCAAGCAAAGUUGCAGAACGGAGAACCCAAUGGACAUGCUUUGAGCAUCUCAUCUGAAGACACAGUUGCCUGUGAUGCAGCUGUACAGCAAAACAGUGAGGUCCCCUCAUCCCUCCUCACAAAGGGGACAAGCCCCCCACCAGGGGAGGAUGUUGACAGCGGUAGGAACCAAGGCAAGGGAUCCUCGCCUGUUGUCUUGCUCAAAGUCUCCACAACAGUACCACCCAGUACUGACGUCCCUGCAGAUCCAUCACUCCAGUCUGUCAGCAUCAACAUCUCCACCAAGGAGACCACCUCCCAGAGCGUUAACCCUGAACAGGACACACCCGCUGUCCCUGUCCCAGCCUCCAAUGAGGAGGAGCCCAAGGAAAAAGCACCGAAGAAGACCAAUUUAUUUGACAAACUUUUAAAGAAGAAAAACAAGGACAAGACUCAGGAGGAAGCAACUGUGGCAGAGUGUGAUGGUUCAGCUGAAGUUCAGGAGCCCGCUGUAGAGGCCCCAGUGAUUGUAAGCAAUGGCCUCCAUUCUGAGCCUGGAGACGCAGGGGAGAGCACCGCCGCGGCGAAGGAGGUUCCAGAAGGUCCGUCUCCGAACGGUGGCCCCGCGGGAAGCGAAACCCUCGACGCUGACAGCGAAAGCGCCCACCCGGAGGACACCGCACAGGGGGAGAGCCUCGUGGAAGAGAGUCCAGUGAUGAACUUUUUCAAAACACUCGUGACCCCAAGUAAAACUCCCAAAGAAGAGGGGGCACCCCCUGCUGUCUCCACUGAAGAGGUGAAGGGCGGCGGGGAACCAGAGGGUACGGCCAAAGCGGAGACCAGCGCGGCUGCUGUGGCGACCGCUCCGGCACCACCAGAACCACCCAAAGAGCCGCGACCUGCUGUGAAAAUCUCAGUGGCUAGUCCGUUCAGCAAGCUCUUCAAGGGGAAGUCUUCAAAGGAAGUCCAACCAGCUACAACAACUGUCACACAGGAAGUAGAUGCGUCAGCAGCCGCCAAAGCCGCCAAGCCCCCUCCACCACCACCACCUCCAGAGCCGCCCAAACCAGAUGCCAAAGGUGAAGUGGCUGCCAAGACUGUGAACAGCACCCAGAAAGAAGCGCCGAAAGAGGCACCAAAGGAGCCAGAGACCUCCACCAAGCAGAAAUCCGCUAAAGGCAGUCCCUUCCUUAGUCUGUUCCGCCCAACAAAGACAGAGGAGGUGGAGGAGGAGCCCCAGCCAGUUGAGGAGGAGGUACCCGAGAUAGACAAGGCGGGCGCUUCCAAGGAAAAGACCGCUGAGGUCCCAGCUGCACCAGACCAACCUUCAAAAACAGAGGAGAAGAAGUCAGGAAAGUCCAUCAUCUCCUUCUUUAAGCCCAAGGUACUGCAACGCCUGCACGCCUCUGCUGUCCAGGCUGCUUCUGCAAUUGGGAACAGCACCCAGGCCCGCCCCGGCGCACUGAGCCCCGAAGCCAAAGCCAAGGAAAGCACAUCGGCAGGUGCGGCCAUUGCCGUGGAUGCCAGCCAGAGCGUGCAGGCCAAGGUGGAGCCGAAGCCCAGCGCCGAGGCGGAGAAGAAGGUAGAGGUGGCCCCCGUGGACAACAGAUCUGUCUCUGAGGCAUCGCAGACUGGAGAAGACACCACAGUCAGCGUCGGCAAGAAACUGGAGAAAAGGAAUUCCAUCCAUAUGUUCUUUAAAAGCCUGGGUCCAAAACGGCUGUCAGACACUGGAGUGCAAACCGACCCUGUGACCAUAACCUACCCAGCUGAGAAGGCCAAAUAACACCACCACAUCAUGAGCUUCGAGUGCCUACUGACUGUUCCAGGGAAAAACAACAAGACAGCAAAUGGACUUUUAUUUUGAUAUGGCUUUUCUUUUUUGCAUCAGAUAAAAGUAUGGAAGGAAUCUGGGAGACGGGCUUACCUACAGAGAUAAAAGCAAGUGGUUCAGGACUGUUAGUGGGUGAUCGGGGGGAUGGAGAAAGGGGAGGAGCUGCCAUGUAAAGGGUUAAUUGGUAGGUUAUGUCACCAUAGAAGUUGAAGGCAUUUUGUGAUUAAAAGCGCAUGAUAGUAAACAUGGUGAGAAGUAAGCCUGUGUAAUGCCUGGAGGGGUAUUCUUUUUCACAUCAAGGGAAUGAGGUGUCUUAAGCAUAGCCUGUUCUUGUAAACAGAAAUAAUUCUAAACUCAAGUUCAUCUUUACUUAUUUGCUUUGUAGCCUAAUACGUUAAGUUUUAAUUUAUCUGUUUUUCUCCCUUUGUGAAAGAAAGGUUUGCCUUUGAGCAUUAAAACGAUUUUGGAGAUGCUUUCACCUAUCCUUUUCAGUGAAACAAACACACGUGUUUAUGCUGUACAUAUGAGGGAAUUUUAAGUGAUGAAGUCCUGAACACCCUGUCAUGUAAUUAAUAGACGCUCUGGACCUUAAACCCAUGCUCCUCAGCUUGAAUGUGAUCUGAUGCCAUAGAAAUCCUACCUGCAUGGAACCACAGUGAAAACAGUUGGGCCAGUAUUGUGUAGGCAAACUGCCUGAGGCCUUUAGGCAAUUUUACCCUCAGUGCAGUCCUUAACUGUGAGUAACGAAUUUAAGCAAGCAUACAUCAAGCUGUCAUACAUUAUGUUGUAAGGAUGGCACUUACUGAUACUAACCCCAAAGUAUGGGCAAGAAAUGACAUAAUCUAACAAUUGCUCUCUAUUUUGUUGUAUAUAAUUUUACUCAAAGUUAAGGACUAGCUGCAGCUAGAUAUUAAAUUACAUCAGUGAUGGUGGGUGAGUUGGAAAC